CAUUUUUAACUCUCCUCUAUAUCCUUUCUGCUUGCAAUGGCAAAUCACUAUUCUCUUUCCUCUCACUUUCGCUUCGUUAUGGCAAGAAUAUACACUCUGCUUGCAAUUGAUCCAGCGGAACGACUGACUGCCACUGCUGCGUUAAGAAGUGAAUUCUUCACAACCAAGCCUUACGCUUGUGAACCCUCUAGCCUCCCAAAUAUCCACUCAGUUAAGAGAUGGAUGCAAAACGGCGAGAUGAUGAAGCACGAAGACUCCGAGCUGCAAGUAAAACCCUUGGUGGUGGUGCAAGGAAAACACGGGCACGUGAUCGAGCAAGGGCAGUUCCUGCUCCAGAAGCCAACGCAGAGCUUCAGUCUAAUGUCGACCAGAGAAACAUGCGAAUGCAAAGAGCAAAAGUGAAAAGUUUCCUCCACCACACCAAGAUGGAGCGCUCGGUUUUCCUUUAGGAGCAUCACAACACAUUGAUCCUUCAUUUGUUCCUCCUGAUGUCCCCUUCAGCACUACAUUCACCUAUUCGAAAGAAACAAUUCAAUCUCAGUCUGGUCCACUGGUCGAGACCACCAGCAUUG